GCGAGAUCAAAAUGUCAGACCCAAGCUAAAAUUUUGAUGAAACUUAUUUGUACGCCGUAUUGUUUAUUGAAAAUAAAAGGAUAAUGGUAGGAAUAUCCGUGGGACAUCAUAACAUUUUUUCAAACGUUUCUUCUCAAGAAGUUCGAGAAAUGUCAGGACUUGCGACAAAUGCCCCAUCAUCUGCGGACGCCUGCCUAAGCAUUGUGCACAGCUUAAUGUGCCACAGACAGGGUGGAGAAAGUGAGGGUUUCGCCAAAAGGGCCAUUGAAUCUCUGGUGAAAAAGCUAAAAGAAAAGCGCGACGAGUUGGACUCGUUGAUAACCGCCAUAACCACCUCGGGGGCCCACCAAAGCAAAUGCGUCACAAUACAAAGAACCCUAGAUGGCAGGCUGCAAGUAGCCGGAAGAAAAGGCUUUCCGCACGUAAUAUACGCGCGUAUUUGGCGAUGGCCAGAUCUGCAUAAAAAUGAGCUGAAACACGUCAAGUACUGUCAGUUCGCGUUCGAUUUAAAAUGCGACUCGGUAUGCGUAAACCCCUAUCACUACGAAAGGGUCGUUUCUCCAGGCAUCGAUUUGUCAGGGUUAACUUUGCAAGCCGGCACACCACGAUUGGUUAAGGAUGAAUAUACAGCCGGUCCAGUCUCUGGCAGCAGCAUGGAGGUCGAUGGGGAUGGUAUAGGCAUGGGGGUCUCACAGACCAUACAGCAUCACCCCCCGCAGCAGAACUUCGCCCUCCCUGGUGGCCUACUUUCAACCCCCGCAAGUGAUCCUGCAGGAAUGUAUAAUACAUCAAAUAGAGCUGUUUUGGGUCCAAGCGCUGUGCCCAAAAUUGAGGCGGGACCGGACGCAUGUUCAAGAUCUAAUUGGUUGCCGCAUAUGCAUUUGCAUUCUCCAGUAGCCGUUCACCAACACAAUAUUCCCGGACACAACAAUCAAAAUAACGUACAAACCGGAAGUCUCAACAAUCAGCAGCAGCAACAGCAACCAGUGGCGCCGCAAAAUCACGCGCAGCCGCAGCAGUUUUACAACACCGCGCAGACGCAGGAGCGACCCACCUCCGACACCAUACCCCAAAAUAUUGGUGCGAAUCAAUCUCCAGUGUCUCCGCAUUUGCAACAAAACGGCUUCAGCAGCUCGCCGGGCAGCGUAGUAGCCACGAAUAACGGCGCGGUGAGCGGAGGCAACGCAGCGCCCCCUAGCGGCGCAGUCGCAGUGCAAGGACAGACGUUUACCGGCGCGGGCGGCACAUGGACCGGUUCGAACACGUUGACCUACACGCAAAGUAUGCAACCGCCUGACAACAGGAACAACCAUCACACUGCUUAUUGGAACCACAGUAGCAGCACGCCGAACCAGAUCGGAACCGCGACUGACGUGAACAUAGCCGGGCUGCUUUCCUCGCAGCCUGCGCCCGAGUACUGGUGUUCCGUGGCCUACUUCGAGCUGGACACGCAGGUGGGCGAGACGUUCAAGGUGCCGUCGAACUGCCCGAACGUGACGAUCGACGGUUACGUCGACCCGUCGGGCGGCAACAGAUUCUGCCUGGGCGCUUUGAGCAACGUGCACAGGACCGAUCAGAGCGAGAGGGCGCGGCUGCACAUCGGCAAAGGCGUGCAACUGGAUCUGCGCGGCGAAGGCGACGUUUGGCUGCGCUGCCUGAGCGAUCAUUCCGUCUUCGUGCAGAGCUACUAUCUCGACAGGGAGGCGGGACGGCAACCCGGCGACGCCGUACACAAAAUAUAUCCGGCUGCUUACAUUAAGGUGUUUGAUUUGCGGCAAUGCCAUCACCAGAUGACGACGCAGGCGGCAACUGCGCAGGCCGCUGCAGCCGCACAGGCUGCCGCUGUCGCCGGCCAUAUACCGGGCCCUCAUUCAGUGGGCGGCAUAGCUCCCGCCAUAAGUUUGUCAGCUUCGACCGGAAUUGGCGUGGAUGAUUUGAGGAGGCUUUGCAUACUGCGGCUUAGUUUCGUCAAAGGUUGGGGUCCCGACUACCCCCGGCAGUCGAUCAAAGAAACCCCGUGUUGGAUAGAAGUUCAUCUUCACCGCGCCCUUCAGCUCUUGGACGAGGUUCUGCACACAAUGCCGAUAGACGGCGCGAGAGGAAUCGAAUAAUUUGCUUCUUUCAAUUUUAAUUAGCCAUAUGAUGCCAAAGACACGAAUGAAAUAUUUUGCCAGCCACACGCAACUUCCCAUCAUCAGCCUUCAAAAUGCAAUGUAUUUUCUUUUUCACAUCAAUUCCUUCAAACGGUUAAAGUGUCAUUUGUAUUAUUGUACUUAGAUUUGAAUUUUUAUGAUUGCCAUAAGUGUCGUACACACAAACAGGGUGAACCAAGUAAAAGACCACCUUCAUGUAAGUGUUUAGAAUGAAAAAAUACAGGGUGUGAAUAAAAUUUUUAUAGGUAGGUCAUUUUCUAGGUUUACCCUGUGCCUACAUAAAAAUUACUGUGCUUUUAAACAUUUUAAACCCCCUUAUUCUCCCAUCUCAUACUAUGAACUGAACUGAACUGAACUCAACUGUACUGACUAAUAAACAAUAUUCGAAAUAAUUUCACUAUAAAUUUACUUAAUUAGCAAUUUUUUACAGGAUAAUCGGUGCCUUUUUUUUACUAUUUACAAAUAGUUUAAAGUAAUUAAAAGCACAUUAAAUAGCUAAAUAAGUAAAACAAAACAGUAAAUACAUAAUUAGGCUGUGACAACUAAAAAUAAGCAUUGUAUUUUCUAUUAUUUGAUAUAUUUGGAUAAUUUUAGUUUUAGUUUCUUUAGGUAUUGUUUUCUUUUGUAUAAAUUAAUAUUACAGGGUGUGCUUGCAUUGUGACCACCCUGUAUCUAUCUAUACAAAUGCAUAUUUAUCUAUGUCAAAUUAGUUUAAACAAUUUUUCAACUAACUACUCGAUGAAUACUUACAUACAAAUACAUUUAUGUAAGAAUUAAAUUGUAUUAUGUGUUAAUGUAGUUUGGUAUUAUUAUAGACUAAGUACUUUAUAAUAUGCCGAAACAUAAAUCAGACAAAUUAUUUUUUGUAUAUAUUAAAAUGGUAAACAUAA